GAAAAAUCAGCUGCGGGUUAAUAAUUGCUAAGUAUAGUUCAGUUAUAUCACAAACUCUUGAGUGGACUAUCUACUUACAUAGUUUUCAGUUUAUCAGAUUUACAGAGUAAGGUAACCAGGAAAAUUUUGUACCCCUUACCAUAGAACUAACGACAGGAAAAUAGGUACUUACUUGCCUACCUAUAUACUUACCUUCAGGUAUAAUUUUGCCAGCUGACAUCGGGCCCUUUGGAUAUUAAAGUCCAAAGUCAAAGUCAAAUAUUUUAUUCAAAAAAUCGAAUAAACCGUGAUGGCUACUAAGAAAUUUGCGGGACCUUCUCCAUAUGGUUUUAAAGCUACUUAUUCAAAAGUGGACUUCGCACACACUGAGUAUUUAAACAACGUAACUGCCAAAGAAAGCAAUGCUUCAGUUGCACCAGUAGUUGCUGCCAUCUUUGGGCUCGGUCGUGCUGGGUCCAUCCACUUGAGCAGUAUAGUACACAAUCCACGUAUCAUACUGAAAUAUAUUGUGGAUGAUCGUUCUGAAAAAUUUACUGAUUUGAUAAACUACUGGAAACUUGGUGACGAUGUUGUCUGCUUAACGUCGAAAAACGCAGAACGCGUCUACAAGGAUAAGUCAGUUACCACUGUCUUCAUUAGUUCCCCAACUUACACGCAUCAUGACAUUGUCGUUAAUUCUAUUGCGAACAAUAAAGAUGUUUUCUGUGAAAAGCCCAUUGCUGAGACUAUCGAGGAAACGAAAAAAUGCUAUGAAGCCGCUAAAGCUAAAGGACGGGUUCUUUUUGCUGCCUUCAAUCGACGUUUCGAUCCGGCUUACAGAGCACUUAGAGACCGCGUGAGACAAGGAGAAGUAGGCCAUGUUCAAAUUGUUAAAGUCACAGCGAGGGAUUCGCCUCUGCCUUCUGUUGACUACUUGGCAAGCUCAGGUGGUGUAUUUCACGAUUGUUUGGUGCACGAUUUCGAUAUGUCCUGUUGGGUACUCGGGGAGCUGCCCAUCCGUGUACAAGCCACUGCUUCCGCGCUCAUACCUGAAGUUAAGGCCAUUGAUGACUUCGACACAAUUGCUUUUCUUCUUACGUUUCCAUCUGGCGCCGUAGCUAUUGGCGACAAUAGUCGUUUCAGUGCAUACGGGUAUGAUCAAAGAUUGGAAGUUUUUGGCAAUAAAGGCAUGAUUAAGGUAGAAAACGAGAGACCCGCUCACUCUAUUGAAUCUUAUAUUGGACAGGAUGGUAUAAAGUUGAACCCUAUCUACUAUUCAUUCCCAUCGCGUUUCAAGAUUGCUUACCAGCGUGAGCUUGAGCACUUUUUGGAUGUAGUACAGUAUGGAGUGCCUCUUGAAGUAACCAGUUGGCAGACACUAGCCGUCAGCAAAAUAGCCACUGCUGCCGAAGAGAGCGCACGGAAUGGCAAGACCAUAGAAUUAGACUGGAGCAAGGAUGACAUCCCGGCAGAAUACUCCUAAAGUACAUAAUGUAAAUUGUGUGUUUAUAUAAUAUUUAAAGUUGUUUUAAAGAUCUGUGUACCAAUUAAUUUAUAUCUAUUUGAUAUAUGUAUAUAAUUUUUUAGUCGA